AUGGACGUUCGACGAGACUACCGUAUCACGAUGGCGUUAUCUUGGUUCAAAAUGAAUUUCCCGUGCGACGAGGAUGGUGUUCUGAACCACACAGCAAAUAUCAAUGAACGCAUGGCUCAUGAGCUCUACGAGGCCAUCUAUCAGUCGUCUGGUCAUGAAUUGCAUUUGGAUGGUUCUAGUGAUGGCACGCUGUUGUGUAGCCCCUUAUGCAUGAUGACCAUGUCUGACUAUCCGCCUUUGACCAGCAUCGCCUUGAAGGUGCUCUUUCGACAUUUCACUCAAUAUCAAGAGCUACUGGACGACUUGAAACAGGUUCAAUUGCUCGUGUCGUCGGAUGAUGUGGAAAACUAUCGACAAGUCGAUCGGGAUCUGUUCAUUCUGAAGAAUCUCACAGAAAAGUCCGAGCUCUGGGUCCAUGGCGAUCGGCAUCAUUCCAUGGACGGGAAAGAUCAAGAGCAUGACAAAACGACAAAAAUGGACUUCGAAGAACACUCACUGAUCACUCCAAAAGGCUUCGCCACUGAUGAGAUUAUGAAGGCUGUUGUUGAUAUCAUCGACGAGCACUACGUGGGCUCACGAAAGGACUGCCUUCGACUAUUGAAUCAGCUGUUGAUCAGCGAAGAUCGUAAUCUGGCUGCUGUCGCUCUUCAGGAGCUUAGUGAUCGCACACCACUGAUUGCAUAUCCUCUUAUCAGACAGAUUUUGGUUCGAUUUGAAGAAUCUUUGCAUAGCAAGAAAGCUCGACCAGUAUUGCGUAUGAAUCAGCAGUUUGUGCGCUUGGAAUUUUUGAGUAUUCCAUAUGAUAAGAAAAACGAUUUCGAAAUGCCACGAUUGAUCACGCUGUCGCACGAAUUUCUUCGUAGUUUCUGUAAAGGAAACAAGGAGAACCAGAGCCGUCUGCACAAAUUCAUCAGCAUUGAAAAAGACGCUAAAGAAGGGAUGUUGAGGUGGAAGAAGCUGCUACUCUGGUGCGCGAUAUUCCGAAAUAACAGAGAGCUAGCCAGCAACGUUUCUGAGGAUCUUAUCGCUCAUAUUGUCAACCUCAUUGAGCACAAGUCUCGUAACGCUGUGUUCUUGGAACUGCUCCAAUCGUUGGUCUGCAUCCAUAACAAAGAGAUCGAAACCAGCCAGGACAAGGUGGCCACUGAAAUUUGCUCAGCAUCAGAUGAGGUUCGAGCGCUCUAUGUCGAUAAUGCAUCGUUCGAACAGCUGGAGCAAAUGAUGCAACAAGCACCACCGUAUUUGGACAGUUCACAUCCACUGAAAUACCAUAUAGAACUGAUUAUCUCUGCACUUAUAGCUACUUCGUGCUAUAAAUGGGUAGCACAGACUUCAUACGAAUUGUCAUCGACCAACUCGUCACCUAACACUGCAGUACUGGAACAGUACAUUUGUCUAACGGUUACGGAAAUUCUGCUGAAAUUCUUCGAAAAACCCUACAGCGAACAAGCUAAGGUGGACAUACAUGCUCACAAGAAGAUGUUCACAGCGAUACUGCAGCAGCUCAGUGUGCUUCACUCCAGUUGCCUGAAGAGAUCACAGUCACCGAAGCACUGGUACAGAGUGGAUCAGUGCAUCAAGAGGCUCAGGAAAUGGGCCGAGGAGAAUAAGAUUUCCGUGCCAGCCAGUAUAACGAUGCCGCCCUUCUCGUCGGCUCCGACAGUGAAACAACGUUGGCAAUGCGCCGCGAAUUCCGCCAGAUUCAUCAGCCAGCAUUCCCUUGCCGUAAGGAAUCGCGCCAAUUCAUUGAUGAUGCCCGGUUUGCCUAAUUCACUGCAUCAAACCGAGAAAGUGGCCAACGUCGUCACAUGCUAUCACAUGAUGAUAGGCGAGUUUAAAUUCUAUUUGCUGCCAUUGCAUUCUGCUGAAGGAAGCGUGCUCGUUGACGUGCUACACACACCGGAUUUACUGUUCCCCGUCGGCUCAGCACUACGCGAGCAAUGCGCCAAAGGUGCCGUGGUCACCAACCAGAUCGUGAACAUAUUCUGCGAAAAAUGUCUCAGUAUAAGAGGAAAUGUUGAUCCAGCACUGCAAGACGUUGAUGCAAAACAAGCAGGACAAUCUCUGUGCUCGAGUACUCCAAACGCUUUGUCGAAUGUGCAGUUGCACAAAACACAGCCUCAGCGAUCA